CCGUUGGUUUGACAGACGUACUUUCGGUUUCGCUUUCUGAGACCUGGAUCGAGACAGCCGGUCUGGUCGUCCCACGUUGUGUAUAUCAUGGAACCUUUAUCGUCAAAUAUAGCGGUGGAUGUUGAGUCACUGUUAGGUUGUCCAAUACAAAUCACCGUUGAAGAUGCUAAAUCCCUACCGGUACCCGACAAGUACCAAUACUACUACCCAGUUGGGAACUGUCCAUCAGGCGAUGUGACCCACGGAUGUUGCAUCCCCAACCCCUGUAACAUCCUAUUGCUGGGGUGCGGGGAUGUGAGGUUCUUUCUUCACACCCUGGACGCACUGCACGGGCGCCUGCAUAAUACGGAGCCCAAACCUACCCUCAACUUCCACCUGAAUGACAUCGAGGAAGGGAUACUGGCCAGGGCAUUGAUUACUCUUUACCUGGUUGAUACUAUCGAUGUGGACAAUUUGAAUGAUCUGAAGUUUCUGUGGGCAGUUUGGUAUGAUGUACUCCUAAGCAAAACCCAUAUGACAAGACUGAAGAGGGUCAUGAAGGAUCUCGAGAUGGUCAGUUCUGGGGAUCAUGGGGUUAGAUUUGGCUCGCCCAGAACACAGGAGAAGGUCGUUCAGGCACUGAAGUGUUGGGGGGGAAAGAAAUUCCACCCUGAAGGAGUAAUUAGUGAAAGAAAGGACUUUAAUUUCAGUGGUUAUAGCACAGACCAAUAUCCGCAGACACCUACUCGACGUGUGGGAUCAAGGUUCACGGAGCAGCACGAGAUGUUUAGUGACAAGAAGCUGAGUCAAAGACUACACGAGGAAAUCUGCGAAUACGUACUAGGUGGAGUGACCAGAGUCAACUUAGGAUCAAGGAACAUGCCGGAACUCCUCAAGUCGUUCCACGUCAACCCUACGUUCUAUCGCCCACAGGAGACCGCGUGGAAGGUCCAGGACAACUGCAGUCCGUUCAUGUGUUACAAUGUUGACUACAAGCUGGAACGGUAUGGCAGCACUACAAUCUCGAUGUCGGCGCUGUUCCUGGAGACGCUGAGGAAGUGGGUGCAGACGUACCAACGCAUAAGGCGUGACGGAUGGAAUCUAAAUAUCCAUCUGUGGCUUGGCCACUGUGCAGAUGUGUGUAGUGAUGACCUACCAGAGACUCUGAAGUUUGACUUCAUCCAUACAGGCAACACGGCCGACUACGUAGGGAUUAUCCCCAUGCUUGUGACGUGUGUAAGCCGGCUCAAGAGAGACAAUGGUGUAGUCGCCAUUGAGAGUUACCACUCCAGCCAGUCCUUCAGCAUCGUGCCGGACACUCUGAACAUGUGUGUGAACAUUCCGCUCACCAUGUACCCCACCAUUAUAGGACUACAGCUGGCAGAGGACUUGAACCUUGGUCACGAGCGCCCUUUAGAGAGUGGAUUCUUCGUGGGCUGUGGACGUUUAAUUCUCAAUUGGAAAGCGGCUCCAGAACCGUCAAAGUUGACUCUCACAGGAUCUGACGAAGUGUCCAAGUGUCUCCGUGCAAUAAUUCGCCCAAACACUGAUAGCAAGGCGACCAUGGGCCCAAUGAAAUUCAAGGGUGCCCACUUUACACUGAUUGACACCCCUUCAGUGAUAAGACUUGUGAAAAGGCUGGCACAGUAUGUGGAGGGAGGAGGGCAACAGGUUGCAAAGAUCAUUGAAGGCUUUCUCAUGGGACAACUUCCUGCUUCAUUUGGGUUCCUGAAGGCCCCUGCUAAUGCUACUGUGGACACGGGGAUGGAGGCGUUGAGCGUGUCAGAUCAAAAGAGCAUAACAGAGUACAUGGAUCGUUAUGAAGUAAAGGUCAACGCCAGUCUUGACCAGAUGAAAGGAAAAUUCACCUGUGACUACAGUAGCGACAACCACUUCGCCAUUGUGUACACAUUCGAAGAUUCCGGCACUGUCGUGUUCCAGACUGAGAUAAACUUUUCGUGCGCUGUUUCCUUGAACACAAGCAAGACCCAAUUAUCAAGGAAACGUAGUUUUAUUACGAGCACAUUCUUCAAAGAUGAGGAGCUGGCAUUUGGAGACCGAAUACUCACAAAACAGGCCCUCUCCUGUGCUGAUGUAACCCGGCUGCCGGAAUUCCCAGAUUCCACAUUUGGAAGGCAACUGAUUCACACGUACCUUUACCGUAUCUACCCAAUCAACAAGAAGAAGUCUAUCUUGGAGCUGGAUAAUCCCAAAGUCGGACAUCAAUUACAAGGCGUCAUUCAGUUCCUAAUGCAAAGUGUCGCCAAGAACAGAAGCAGGACCAAGGUCCUGGGUAUCCCCAUGCUUCGCUAUAGUCCAGACGAAAUAUACAAGUGGGCAGGGGUUUUCCACGUGGAGGGGAUGAAAGUGUGGGAGGAGAAGCUAACUUUAUUUGUCACGUGGUAUGACUUUGAAAAAGCUUGGACGUUGCUGAAAGCAGGGAGGAUAACUCGUGUCAACGAAGGUUAUCAGUUGUUGGCCCGGAUACUGAGGCUGAACAGUUCACGUCUUCAACAGGAAGAGUCCGACCAGGUCUCCUGGAAGGUCAGAACCUAUGUCCGACCUCGCUUCAACUACCUCUCAUUUCGGAUAUUGGUGAAUGAAGUGAAUCUAAGUGCUAAAUAUGGAGAUUUCCCAGCAGACCCAGAAGAUGCAAAACGACAGAUUCAUAGGAUGCUGAGCGAUAUGGACAGUAAAGGAAGCUCAAAGGAAAAAGUCGAUGACCUUUACAACGAAUUAAAGAAACACAGCCCAGGUUACAGUGGAUACUCAAAGACAGGAACCCCCCAACCAGAACACCACAGCGACAGACAAUCGUUGCAACAGCUGUGGAAAAGUAUCUAGUCAGUGCAAGAGAUGCGUAGGAUGUUUGAAAGUGGCCUACUGCAACAGAGAAUGCCAACGAAAGGAUUGGUCAGUUCACAGGAAAGAUUGCAAGAAAUAGAUUCCACUUGCUUCUCCAGCCAGUAUUCGAUAUAGGUGCGAACGUGGACGCUAAGUUAUACCAGGAAGGUUUUAUUACUGUAUGGAAUGAUGAUGUGCUUUGAUGCCAGUUCCUGGAUCAGUUCUAUUUCUCUUAUGUUUUUUACGAUGUUCUUCACAGAUACUUAAGAUAUGCUAUCUCAGUUGAUACGUUUUCUUAAAAACGUCAUCGUUGGCCCAGUCGUGUCAGGCGACCAGUUCGCUGAGGAGAGUGUCAUCCCUCAGGCGUGCCAGAAAGCUAUACUAUUGGGUUCGAAUCCCGUUUCGCUCUGAUUAUGUAUCUGGGUUUGUCAAACAAUGUGGUAAAUUGCCGAUGUAUUAAGCAUCUGUGUCCAUAUGUAGUUUUACUAAAGGAAUGUGUUUUAAAGGUUAUUUGGGAUCUUUUUUUCGAACACGCUUUACCGAUUUGACCGUUAGACGUUAAUGGUAAUGUAAUCAAAUGGGACUAAUUAUAUAUUCAGUAUUAUUUCAAGUAUAAGUCUUGUGCACGUUCACGCACACACACACGCACACACACGGACACAUUUCCAGCACCAUUGUAUUAGAAUGUAUUGUGUAGACAUUGGAAUGUUGACAGUAUGCUCUGUACAUUUAGUAAUGACACAGGGGCAUUACAUCCUUUGAUUACGUUUUAUUAAUCAAAUAAACAGUGGUGUCUGAGUCA